AACGGGGAGGAGACCGGAAAAGAUCGUCCGAGGAGGAGACACCGGGGACUGCGCUGUGUACACAACAUAUAUACUACGGACGGUAUAUACUCCUCUGCACACUAUAUACACGGUAUAUACUCCUCUGCACACUAUAUACACGGUAAUCACUGCUCUGCACACUAUAUACACUGUAUACACGGCGCUGUACCCACCCGGAGCUGAGAUGUAAUACCCGGAGCCUGCAACACACAACGGGAGACAAUAUGUGGCCCCCGCAGCGUCUCCUCCUGGGAUCCUUCCUAUUACUUCUCUGCUGGGCCGCAGUAUCUGAGGCCAGGAUUUAUGCGUACUCAGAUAUAAAUAGGACGGAGAUGGAGGACUUCCCGGACCUUCCUGCCCAGUUCGGUUUUCCAUUGUCCCUGGAUGGACUGAGGGGUCAUAUCAUCCACGCUCAACCAGAGACCGCCUGCUCACCCAUCGCCCCUCCACCCGUAAGAGACAACUCCACCCUCUUCAUCGCUCUCAUUCGCAGAUUUGAAUGCAACUUUGAUAUCAAGGUCCUACAUGCUCAGCAGUCGGGAUAUGACGCUGUUAUAGUUUAUAAUGUGGAUUCGGAUGCAUUGUUGAAUAUGGCCUGGAACGAUGUGCACAUCCGCGAUGAGAUCAUCAUUCCCUCAGUGUUCACAGGAGCGAGCUCUGGAAAGAAUCUGUCAGAGAAGUUCACCUUUUAUAACAACACUCAUGUCUUACUGCUCCCGGAAUAUCCCUUUAAUAUCGGUUAUUACUUCAUCCCUUUCAUCAUUGUGGUGGUGAUUAUCAUCAUCGUCAUGUGCACCGUAAUGAUCAUUCGCUGUGUGCAGCACAGAAAGAAGCUGCGGAAGAACCGUCUGACUAAGGAUCAGCUGAAGAAAAUCCCCAUCCACAAGUUCAAGAAGGGUGACGAGUACGACGUGUGCGCCAUCUGUCUGGAGGAGUACGAGGAGGGCGACAAGCUGCGCGUUCUUCCCUGUUCACAUGCCUAUCACUGCGGCUGUAUCGAUCCCUGGCUGACAAAGACCAAGCGGAGUUGCCCGAUCUGUAAGCACCGCGUCCUGCGCACUGAAGACGACUCUGACUCCGAUGAUGGCGGACGGGAGGCGGGGGACAGUGAGCGCGGCGGGGAGGAGGAGAGUGACAACGAGCGGACGCCCCUCCUGAGACCGUCUUCGACGUUUGGAAGCAUGGAGGAUUCCCCUCCCCCGAUGACACAGGAGACAACUACCACCACUGCGGUUGUGGUGUGAGGUCACAUGACCAGUACCCAUAAUCCACUGCUCUGACUGACACACUACACCCCUCCUCUUAAUAUUCUGUGUGAUGAUGAUGGUGGUUGUUGUCUCCCUCACCCCUUUUGCGGUGUGUGAUUCAGUGUUUUUUCCCAUCAGCCAUUGCUGGCGGCCAUCUUUGGAUGUUAAUGACAGGAUGAGGCCCCUCCCCCUCUGUAAUUAAUCUUUCUCUAAUUAUCCUGUACAGGUUUUAUAUAAAUGAGAUUUCCUAAUGA